UAAUUUAAAGAUGUUUUUCAUUAAGUUCAAUUUUAAUGAGUUCUAUGUACAAAGAAAACGAUGUUGUAAUCGUGGCUGCUUUUCGCACUCCUGUAGGAAAAUAUAAAAAAGCAUUUGCGAACUUGCAAGCUUAUGAAUUAGGAGCUGUCUUAAUAAAAAAAAUCAUUGAAUUUUGUGACUUAAAUCCUCAUGAAGUAUCAGAAGUUAUAAUUGGUCAAGUUUAUACAGCAGGUCAAGGACAAAAUCCAGCUAGACGAUCAUCUGUUAAUGCUGGUCUACCUUACUCUGUCCCAUCGUCUUUGGUUAACUGUCUUUGUGGAUCUGGCUUAAAAGCUGUUGUUAAUGCCUACCAAGCUAUAAAAAAUGAUACAUCUCUCCUGAUAAUUGCUGGUGGGCAAGAAAGCAUGUCAAAUGUUCCUCACUAUGUAAAUGUUAUCCAAGGUAAUAAAAUUGAAGAUUGCCCUAAAAUAAAUGGUUUAGUCCAUGAUGGGUUGAGUGAUGCUUUUUACGGAUAUCAUAUGGGAAUCACAGCUGAAAAUAUUGCAAAACAGUGGAAUAUUUCAAGAGAAGAUCAGGACAAGUUUGCAUUGGAUAGCCAACAAAAAAUUUCUAUCGCUUUAGAAGAAGGUCAUUUUAAAGCUGAAAUAGUUCCAGUGACUGUCAAGACAGAGAAAGAUUUAAUGCAGAUAACAAAGGAUGAGUUUCCAACACCUUCAACUAGUCUGGCUGGUUUAUGUAAACUUAAACCAGCCUUUUUAAAUGAUGGUAGUGGGACAGUUACUGCUGGUAAUUCUUCUGGUAUCAAUGAUGGAGCUGCUAUGAUGCUUAUAUGCAGUAUGGAGAAAACAAAGGAGUUGAAAGUAUGUGCACCAUUGGCUAGAAUUGUAGCUUGGGCUCAAACUGGUGUUGAGCCAUCUAUUAUGGGUAUUGCUCCAGUUUUUGCUGUACAAAAAGCGCUUCAAAAUGCUUGUUGGACUCUUGAAGAGGUGGAUUUAUUCGAGUUAAAUGAAGCAUUUGCUGCUCAAUCAAUCGCUGUAAUUCGAGAGUUAGGCAUCCCAAUGCAUAAGGUUAAUGUUUGCGGUGGAGCAAUAGGUAUUGGUCAUCCAAUAGGUGCUUCUGGUGCAAGAAUAUUAGUUACAUUAUUACAUUCAAUGGUGCGAUUAAAGAAACAAAAAGGUGUGGUCUCUUUAUGCAUCGGUGGAGGAAUGGGAAUAGCCAUGUGCGUUGAAAGACUUAUACACUAAUUCCUUUUUGUAUUUCUGAGUUUUUUUGAAUUUUUAAGACUUCAACAUGUAUAAGAUUCUCUCUAUUCUCAUGAUUGACAAUUUGAUAAUUCGCAUAUUUUUAAAAUCACAGUAAGUAAAUCAUAUUUUUAAAAUCACAGUAAGUAAAUCAUAUUUUUAAAAUCACAGUGAGUAAAUCAUAAUUUUAAAAUCACAGUGAGUAAAAAUAAACUAAAGAGUAAAGUAUACUUUCGGUUUUUAAUUUGGUUUUUUUAAAUGGUAUGUUUUAAAAAAAAUCUGCAAAGGUUUUAGCUGCUUUACUUUUGUAAAAAUGUGGUCAGUUCAAGAACGAUAGCUUAAACUAAA